AUGGAUGGAAGAGGAAUUGCUCAUACCGUUGGUGUUAACCAUGGAGAGUCUGCCGAUCGUCGCUCUUCCAUAGCGUCUCCUGGCAGCACCAGAGCAUGCACCGCGACACUAGCGAGAGGAGUACCUGCUUCGACCAAUGUUAUGAUUGGUUUGGAUCCUAUUGAGCAAAACGCCGACGAUGCUCAUCUCUGUCUCCCCAAUGAACCACAGCUAAUGGAUAUCACUGCGCUCUCAGAUGGCUUUGGUUCUCCUAUCCCUGCCACACAGUGGAAUACUGUUGUCCCGGCAGCUGAACAGGGUCACACAAACUUUGGAGUGACAGCACAGCUCCAGGCUGACAAUCUUCCCCAACACUCAUUACAGCCGAUGUCCCAAUUCGGGCAAUUUUCUCCACAAGCAAAGAUAAUGCAUGGCGGCAUCCGUCAGUCCCAACAGCUGCCCGAUCUCAACAUGCUGCGUGACCCAAAACCCGCUUACCAGCGUCAUUCUUAUCGAGAGGAGAUAGAAGCAAGAAACGGUGGAAUAAGUCCUGAUGAUCUUUUGUUGACCACUCCCCUUGCAAAAAUCAGAUGCUUAGUUAGAAUCUGUGACAGGGUGUUCGACGAUGAAGAGGAAGCGGACGAUCAUUUUCAACUCGAUCACAACUACCCGGAAAAUUGUGUCUGUCGGAUCUGUCGCGAUGCUUUUAGCAGCAGUUUCGAGAAGGGGCUGCAUGACUACUAUCAUCACAGGCAUGAAGUUUGCAGGUUUAGUGUCUGA